AUGAAGUGGGAGUCGUUCCUUUUGACAGCCAUCACCGCUGGCUCGGCCAUGGCUGGGGCCCAUCAUACACAGGAGCAUUCUCAUCGUCGUCAGCGUCUUGCUCACAAUGCAGAAUUGAAGGCUAGGCAGAUUGACGCCCAUGCCAACCUGGCGAUCAGCACCAAGACUAUCGUCAACCUCGAGGUUGUCACCAUGUACACCACUAUCACGCGACAUGCUCCUGCCCACGAGCCAACUACCACCGUUGCAGCCACAGAGACUUCCAUUGCUGACAGCCAGCCUCUCGCAAGCGUCAACCUCGACGUCUCUGUGAACCUUCUGGAUAUUCUUCCGGCCACCACCAGCACAGCCACUACAUUUAGUACCAGCACGAGCUCGAGCACUAGCACCAGCAGCGCCAGCUGGACCUCCACCCCUUCAAAUGGCGUGUACUCGACCGCUGGCUUCGGCCAACGCACCAACUCCACCGGCUCCGGAAUUGAGUACACCGGGAAUGUCGGCAGCCCCUGGGGCAGCAACAUCAUCGAGGUGACAGCCUCGACGGCCUCACAGUACAAGUACGUCGUGAAGUUUACAGGUAGCAACACCAACGACUGGUUCGUCUCAUUCUGGAAUAAGAUGGGCCCCGACGGCAAGCUGGACGGGUGGUACGGCCACUCGGCGCUCAAUUUCACCCUUGCGGCUGGCGCGACCAAGUACGUGGCCUUUGAUGAGAACUCGCAGGGAGGGUGGGGUGCCGCCGAGGGCGACUCGCUGCCGACGGACGAGUACGGCGGUUACGCCUGUACGUGGGGCGAAUUCGAUUUUGGGAAUACCGAUAACGCUGAGUGGUCUGGGUGGGAUGUGUCUGCCAUCCAGGCGCAGAAGGCGGGUCUGACGGUGCAGGGGAUGAGGAUCUGUGAUUAUAAUGGGGAGGAUUGCUCGUAUAUCACGACUACAGCCGCCAAUGUGGUGAAUGCGUACACGGCGGCGGAGGCGUCUGUUGACGGUAUCGGGGGUAGUGUGAGUGCCGGCGCGGUGAGAUUGGUGGCAGAGGUUGAUUACAGCGGUUGA